UCGUUCCUAAAAAAAGCAGGUUCAAUUUGAAUUAUUCCAAAUGGUUUUAACCUAAAUUUAAUUCAAAAUGUUUUAUUCUAAAAUUUCUUCUAACAAUUAGAGGGCCAGAUAAUUUCCUUACCAAAAUUCAAGAUUAAAAUUCGUCGUGAAUCAGUGCGCAUGCUCGUAACUCAAAAGUGGGAUGGGCUCUGACUGGACACCCAUUGAGUGGAAAUUUCAGACUCGAUGUGUCAAUAAUCAUAACAUUGGAACUCAUUCCGAACAUUUUCGAAUCGUUCGUCCGAGAAAGUUGACUUGUUCUGCCCGAAUCGGCCGUCGGCGUGUUGGAAAAUGAGCUAAGGAGGCGGCGGAAGCGAGGCCUGCGCCGAAAGCCGCCGUUGCACGACUGAUAAGAGGUGCUUCCUCGAUCGCUACGUGUUUCCCAUGACACGUCCCAGCUAAAAUUCUACAUUACUCUGCCACGAAACCUACGCGGAAAAUCAUGCGGCCCAAAGAUCAGUAGAGUUGAGAAUUCGCUCAAUUGAUGUCGGCCGCGACAAGUUUGCUCCACGACCCUAAGCUUGCAUGAAACGGUGUCAUCAUAUUGCAAUUUCCUGUUGGUCGCCCACUGGCUACGCUCAAGUAGCACAACUAAUUGCAGUGUUUAUGACACUUAAUAAACAUGAUGUGAUUGCAAUGCGUAAAAACAGAUUCUACUUCCUGGUGUUCAUAUCGCUGAUCAUAUGGGCCAUAGCCACAUACUUUUUGUUCCAACACAAGCCAACAAACUACCACGCAUCCGAGAAAGGUCUUCGUUACAUUUACGACAGAGGGGUAUGGAGACUUUUCUCUAACCUUAGUGUGAAUACCUCGGAUAUUGAAAAGCAGCUCCACAACCUGGAGGGAGAACUGAAGAAUCAGUUCAAAGCAAAUGAGGCGUUUUUAAAAAAUCUGAAGGUCAUCAUACAAAAUCAACAAAUAGAAAUAAAAAAUGCUGAAAAAGAAAGAAACACCGCCAUACAGCUGGAAAAGGAAAAACUUCAGGAGCAGAGCAGACUAAAUCCAUCCAGUCAUAAAGAAAAGAUUCAAGGUCCUGUGAUAGCCGUUCUAGUUUUUGCGUGCAACCGACCGUCUGUGUCUCGUUGCCUGGAUGCACUUAUCAAAUACAGACCGCAGCAACGCGAACACCAAUUCCCUAUUGUGGUGAGCCAAGAUUGUGAUCAUGAAGAAACAGCCCGAGUCAUUGGCAGUUACGGAGCAAAUAUUACUCACAUUCGUACAAGUUACACAAGUGAAAUUGUUGUGCCUCUGAAGGAGAAGAAAUUCAAGGGAUACUUUAAAAUAGCCCGACACUAUGGCUGGGCCUUGAACCACACUUUUUUCGGACUGAAUUAUGACACUGUUAUUAUUGUUGAAGAUGAUUUAGACAUUGCUCCAGACUUCUUUGAGUACUUCCUUGGGCUUUACCCCAUUCUCAAGCAGGACCGAACUCUGUUUUGUGUGUCGGCCUGGAACGAUAAUGGCAAAUCAAGCAUCAUCGACAAUUAUGCUGCCGACCUAUUGUACAGGACCGAUUUCUUUCCUGGUCUCGGCUGGAUGCUGUUAAAGGAUCACUGGAUAGAACAUUCCACAAAGUGGCCUCCAUCAUAUUGGGAUGACUGGAUCCGAAGGCCAGAGCAGAGGAAGGACCGAGCAUGCAUCCGUCCAGAAAUCUCAAGAACAAGAACUUUUGGGAAACACGGUGUUAGCAAUGGUCUCUUCUUUGAAAAACAUCUCAAGUAUAUUAAGCUGAAUGAAAAAUUUGUGCCUUUUACGAAGAUGAACUUGACAUACCUUUUAAAGGACAACUAUGACAUAAAAUUCGUGCAAGAGGUCUACAAUAGCUCUGUGGUUACCUUGACAGAUUUGAAAGACGGUUCUAUUAAACACAAUAAACCUGUUCGGAUUCAGUACAACACCAAGGAUAUUUAUAAAAUUACGGCAAAAAUGCUGGGACUAAUGGACGAUUUCAAGAGUGGGGUACCUCGCACUGGAUACCGAGGCAUUGUUUCAUUUUUCUGCGACAACAGGAGAGUCUACUUGGCACCGAAUGCUGAUUGGAAGCAAUACGACCCAACAUGGAGCUAGCACUCAGUAAAACACCAUUCCUCGAGUUAACCACAGCCAAGGGCAUUGGCUUCUGAUAUUAAGCAAAAUGAUCUCACCACACUCUCAAAAUCAUAAAUUUUGGAAUUUUAAUAUAUAUGCAUUCUUGUAUCAUAAUAGAAAAGUGAAAAAAGAGAAAAAAAAGCAGCAUGAGACCCAAAGUAGCUGUCAGUCGUUGAAAAAUAUUUUACUCUAGUGCGCAGUUGCUCAAAAUUAUCUAGUAAUUCUUUGAUUGACCCCUGUUAAAUGAAAACAGCAGUUGUUUAACUCUUAACCCCUUCCGUCUUGUACUCGGCUUGGAUUUUGAGCAGUUGAAUUAUCGCAGUUGGUGCUAGUGCUCCAAGAGGCCUAUUGAAAAAUAAUUGUAGUUGUUAAGGAGAUGAUUCAGAAAUUUGAUUCCUGAAAUUUGUGAUAGUGACUUGAAUGUUGGGUGAAAUUUCACAACGCAGAGAACAAAGUAGCUCUGCACCUCUUAAUAUUCCUAUAAUCAAAAAAUGUCUUACUUUAUAACUAUAUCUCUUUCCUUUUAAAACUCCAAAAUUAUUUCCAUCAAAGCAGAGGUAAAUAAUGUGUGCAUUAUCUAUUGACGCUUGCAAUGAUUUAUUUUUGUUUGAUAAAGCUGCAUUUUUUAUUAAACUCUUUGCAUUUCAGCUAAUUUUUAUUGAGGUUUAAAAAUGCAUGUACGCUCUGUUUGCUGUUGAAAAUCUUUGAGGAAAUAUAUAUCUAGAGAUGAUAUAAUUUAGAUGUUUGAAAAACAUCAAUUUUAGUGCAAUGCGGUGUGCGGCAUCUCAAGAAUUUGUGUUACAGCUUGCAAAUGUUGCUUUUACCUCGAACGGGAAUAUGUGUUAUACUUGUAAUUUUAGUAAAUUGAAUGUAUGGAUUCAUUUUUGCUGAUAUGAAAAAGCGCACGUACAGAAAUUUGGUCAGUUUCUUGCCACACAAUGUGUCUUCAUUUUGGAAAUUUUGUUAAAGUUUUUAUAUUUGUUUUCCAUUAUACUUGAUUUUAAUUGUCAAAAAAUAAAAAUCUGAAUGAUUGAAGUCUUGGAGGAUUUAAACCGUGUACUUGAAAACAGAAAAUGUUAUAUAUUACAAUUAAAAAUGGACUAAUAUGUUCAGUCAAAAUAAAAAUUGGUUUUAUUCAAUAUUGUCAAUUUUAAUAAAAGCAUCAAAAUCAUUUUUGGAAUGACGUCAAAAACUUUAAUCAAAAGCACACUGU